UAGUUAACCUGGGUCAGUGUGGUUAGUUAACCUGGGUCAGUGUGGUCAGUGCUGGUGGAAGCAGGUUAAAGCUGGUUAGCUGUAGUGAAGCGGAUCUUACCUGGACGUGGAGUCCGGAUGAAUCCAGAACAGAAAGUGAUUCUAUUUCAAUCGACGCUGACUCAUCGUCUCGUGACGUCACGUGUCCGGUGUUUGUCUCUGAUCGAUCGACUCGUUCGUUUAUCGAUCGAUGAAAUGUAAUGACGUCAUUGAUCCAGUUCGUGUUGCAAAUAAACGUUUGUUUAAAAUUCAUUGAACAAAAAAAGAACCCGAGACCAGUGGUGGUACCGCCCCCUGCUGGCUGAUCAGUCACAGACAUGCUGAACUUUCAAACAAUGAAAAAGAAUUCACAGGUUUUAUUUGAGCUUCACGAGUUGUUCUCUUUAAAUGAAUUCACUGAAGCAGCUGAACGAGCCCUCGGCGCUGUCUGACAGGUGGAGGUGUCAUGGCGGUGUCUCAGGUGAGUCCCGGUGUGUUCCUCAGUGAUCUGGACUCAGCUCUGAACGUCGGUGUGUUGACCAGCAGGAACAUCACCCUCAUCAUUAACGCCAGUGGACUGCAGGACGUGUCCUACCCUCAGCUGGACCUGCAGCUCCUUCACGUCCCCGUCCAGGAUCAACCUCACGCCCCCCUAAGCCACUACUUUGAAUCUGUGGCUGAAAGGAUCAGUCAGAACCAGACAGGGGCCACGCUGGUCCACUGCACCGCAGGCAGGAGUCGAUCCCCCACCCUGAUCAUGGCCUACCUGAUGAGGUGUGAGCGUCUUAGCCUUCGUCGGGCUCAUGAGCAGGUUCUGGAUCAGCGACCCUUCAUCAGACCCAAUGCAGGAUUCUGGUUGCAGCUGAUGGAGUAUGAGCGGACUCUGUUCAGCAGGAACUCAGUGCGGAUGGUGAGGACGUCCUGCGGCGUCCUGCCAGAGGCUCUGCAGGACUCUGAGGACACAGCUGCGUACUGUGUUAACAUCUGAGGAAGCUGCUCCAGAUUCUCCUGAAGGUCCAGACGUUGUAACACAUCACAGAAAAACAAAAACUCAACAAAUGAAAUAAAAUGAAAACAUGAAUCAGUUGAUUUGAUGAAA